AUGAUGCUGUCGUUUUGUGAAAUUCCUCGACGAGCGGACGACGAGCAGACCACAGAGCAUCCGGUGCGGCCGACCCCUCGGGACUGCCGAUCUAUUUCUAGAGGAGCCAGAGCAGCACGCACAACGUGUCAGUGGAACGUUGGGCAAAGAAAUGCUGUUUCGGACUUGCAGGACCACGCUGUCAUUGGGCCAAGGCUUGAUGAUGCCGCAAAGGCUUGGCUUUUUGCCCCCGAGGCCCAGGAGCCCUGCGACACAGGCGAGUCCACUGCAACGGCUUCUCUGCCCGCAAGUCAAUUCAUUGCAAAGCUCACGCGAGGCGCAGGGUCGCACAAGCCGUUUGCCGCGGUGCUCUUCUUCCCGGAGAGCCCGCUGUUCUCUCCUUCCCAUAUGUCUUCAAACACGGCCGCCCAAGACGAAUUCAAUCAGCUGGUGUCUAAUAACACUGCCCGAGCCACAACCCAUCCCGAAGACAAGCACGACACUGACCUGUCUGACCGGGACCUCAGCGAGGAGGAGACAUACCGCAACACACAAAUUGACGCCGCCAUGCGCACCACCACUGUUGCCUCGGAGCUCAAGCUCCCUCCUGCUUCCUUCGACAGCGGCCGCUUCACCGGUGUCAAGGGUGUCAUUGCCGAUGCUCGCAGCUACGAGACGGCGCGCAAGACCAAGUGGGUUGACCGUGCCCGAAACGCCCGCCGAAGCAUCCUCGGGUUUGCUGGUAUGACCUCCACUACUGGCAAUAGCGUCACCAUCACCGGCGGUGCUCGAUCCGACAGCGACACGGACGAUGAUGCCAAGAGCCACAACGACGAAGACAGCUUCCUGAGCGAGUGGCGUGAGAGUCGCCGGCGGGAGUUGGAGAGCGCUGCUAAUCGUGCCGUGCGCACGAGAAAGACGAGCCCCAGCGUGCGCAUCUAUGGCCGCUUAGACGAGGUCGAUGCUAUGGGCUAUCUCGACGCCAUUGAAAAAGUCAACCGUGAGACGACAGUCGUUGUAUUUGUGUGUGACCAUGAGUGCGAGGUAUCCGCGACAAUUGAGGAUGCCCUUGUGCCCCUAGUACAUGCCAACCCGACGACACAUUUUGUCAAGGUUCACUACGAUGAGAUUGAAUUUGACCCGGCCGCUGUGCCUUCGCUGCUGGCCUAUCGCAAUCAGGGUGAUCUUGUGGCCAACUUGACCGGUAUCAUCGAGAUGAUGCCCGACGACGACAGCUUCGACUCGGCGUCUCUUAAGAGGAUUCUCCAGCAGCAUAGAGCACUCUAA